AUGUACGAGGUAACAGAGACGUCACGACAGAAGUACUUUGGAGGGGACCAGUGUACCUUCAAGCACUGGAGCAAGGAGCUCAAAUGUGAAAUGAACUUCUCGGUGUACUUUCCUCCGACCUACUCCGCCGAAUCUGAUAAAUUUCCUGUUCUCUACUUUCUUUCCGGCCUAACCUGCACCCACGAGAACUUCACUAUCAAGAGCGGAAUGCAGAAGUAUGCAGCUGAGCGAGGGAUGGUGGUAAUCUCUCCGGACACUAGUCCUCGGGGUUCUGAUCACCCGGGGGAACAUGAUCACUGGGACUUUGGUUCAGGGGCUGGGUUCUAUCUGGACGCUACUAAUUCUCCCUGGAAUGGGAACUACAGGAUGUACUCUUAUGUAACCAAGGAGUUGGUGGGGACCUGCGCUGAGAACUUCAAUAUCAGUGAAGAGAAGCGAGCACUGUCGGGGCACAGUAUGGGGGGCCAUGGAAGUCUGGUUAUCUGCCUCAGAAACCCAGACAUGUUCAGAUGUGUUACAGCCUUCGCCCCGAUCUCCAACCCAACCAAGGGGCCAUGGGGGAUCAAGGCUUUCAGCAACUACUUAGGAGAGGACGAUAUAAUGUGGCCCUGUUGGGAUGCAACUGAGUUAGCUAAAAAGUUUCCAACUUCAGGGGUAGAGCCUCUCAACAUGUUGGUGUGCCAAGGAGAGGAGGAUAGGUUCCUAGAGAAGGAGUUGUUGACACAGAAUUUUAUUGAUGCAACUAAGGGAAACCCUAGCUUUAACAUAGACUAUAGACUGAGGCCGGGGUAUGAUCAUAUGUAUCCUUACAUUGCUACUUUUGUGGAGGAGCACUUUGAUUUUGUGGCAAAGUUUAUUUGUUAA